CCUGCUUGAUCUGUUGUCUACCCUUUCUAAGUUGGAAAUUAGAACACAAAAAAUCAUCAUGGCCCUCGCUUUCACCUUGGAAAGAGAGCACAAUCAGGUACUAUUCGAGGGAGAUUCAUCAGCCAAGAAAGUGAUUUUGAACAGACCAAAGAAGCUAAAUGUUCUCAGUUAUGAAAUGAUCUGUCAAAUGCUAACCAACUUCCAAGCAUAUGAGCAAGAUUCUACAACAAAUUUCGUGAUUUUGAAGAGCAAUGGAAGAGCAUUUUGCGCCGGAGGCGAUGUUGUGGCCGUACUUGGUGCUCUGAUAAUAGGUCAUUGGAGUUUCGGAGCAAAUUUUUACCGAAAGCAAUAUGCUUUAGAUUACUUACUCGCAACAUAUGAGAAGCCCUUGAUUUCCCUUAUCAACGGUGUUGUUAUGGGAGGUGGUGCUGGCUUAUCUAUGCAUGCAAAGUUUAGAAUUGUUACGGAGAAUGCUGUGUUUGCCAUGCCGGAAGCGUCAAUAGGCCUUUUCCCCGAUGUUGGAGCGUCCUAUUUUCUUUCUAGACUUCCAGGCUAUUUCGGAGAAUAUUUGGGACUAACUGGAGCAAGGUUGGAUGGAAUGGAAAUGCUUGCAUGUGGACUUGCAACUCAUUUCGUUUUGUCCAAGGACCUAGUUUUGCUCGAAAAUGAGCUUGAUAAAGUGGGAACGUCAGACACAACAGAGAUUGCCAGACAAAUUGAGAGAUUCUCAUGUGCAGCACCUAUUAAACGAGAGAGUGCUUAUGCAAGAUUGGACACUAUAAACAAAUGUUUCUCGAAGAAUACGGUUGAAGACAUAUUAUUAGCGCUUGAGAAGGAAAUGAAAUAUAAAGCAGAAAAGUGGAUAAUCAAGGCAAUAAAGUCUAUGGAAGCUGCUAGUCCCACUAGCCUUAAAAUCUUUUUGAGAUCAAUCAGGAAAGGGCGAGAACAAACACUUGAACAAUGUCUUAGUUUUGAGUAUAUAGUCGUAUGUAACAUUCUACGAGGAUCUAUUAGCAAAGAUUUUUGGGAGGGUGGAAGAGCGAAGCUAAUUGAAAAAGACAAUAAACCCAAGUCAGUUAGCGAAGAAACAGUAAAUCGCUAUUUUACUGAGGUUGAUGAUCCUCACUGGGAAAUUCUACGUCUUCCUGAUCGACCCAACUUGGUUGAUGCUCUGAAAUCCAAGAUGUGAGCAAUUUGGCUGACAGACCACAAACAAAGAUUUGGAGUAUUGCAACAUCUUUUAGUUUAAUUCCACAACUUUGUACCUGUACAAGUAGAUUUUAGUAGGAAACAUCUGCAACAUAUGUAGUGCCUCGUAUGGAAGACCAAAGUGAACAAGCAAGGAAUAAAAGUCAGCUCCAGCCUUUGCCCAGCAGGUACUGGGUAGUGAGCUCCUUUUGACUGUGUACUCGUAGGUUGCUCCUGUCUGAUCUUGCCAUGUCAAGAAAAGGGACCCCACCCUUGUGGAAACCUUCCAAACCUUUCUAUUUUUAAAAUAAAUUUUAUGGUGAAACUGUGCUAGAACAGAGAAUCUGUUCUUAAUUCUAAGCCAUUUGUUUGCUUCAGAAUCUGAAGUUGAUCUGGUAAGGUAAGUCUUCUCUCUUUUGGUCAUCCAUUUCCUUUUUGCGAUCGAAUAUGAAUUGAUCGUUAUGCCCACCAUACAAGUUUAUUCCUUUGUUAUCAUUUCCAUUUUCCGUGUAAUAUAUUGCUUUUUGCAUUUCUUUAUAAUUCCUCUGU